AUGUUCUAUUCACAGAACUGCUUAUAUUGGCCUUAAUACUUAAGGAGUAAAAAUAUGUAUUUUGGAUUAAAGAGAUAAAUUUAAUAGAGGUAUCAAAUGUUCUAAUUUCUAUAGUCGAACUAAUCUUGAUUGCAAAUAAAAAUUGAGUGAAUGUAUAACUAAUAGUAAUAUUUGUAUCUUAGGAGACCCUUGUGAUGAAUAUACUUACUUAAAUUACUGUAUUCAAUCUAAAAAUUAACUCUGUUUAUGGAUUUAGAAUUCAUGUAUUAAUUAUUCUAAAUGUAAAGAUGCUAAAUUAAAAACCUUUUAUGAAUCUCAAAUAGUCGCACCUUUUUGUACAUCAAAUAUAUAAAAUAUAUAUCACUUACUUUUUGUGCUCAAUAUGAAAAUAUGGAAACCUGUGUAUUUAGUUGGGAUAAAUUAUGGGAAUGAAAUGAAAAAUGUAAAUCCUUUAAAAUCUCCUGAUAAUAAUUUUUGUAGAUUAAAUCAUAAUGUUUGUAUAUCUGAUGGAUAUAAAUGUAUUUAAGUAGUUUAAAAAUGUAUCUAACAACCUAUGCAUGGAUUAAUCAAUUGA